AUGGAUGACAACACUUUUUAUGCAGUCAACGGCCCUCUGACUCUUCUCAACAUACUGGCCAGCUUGUUUUUAGCUUUCUGCCUGUCCUGCCCACGCCGAGGCAGUGAAGGUCUCAAACCACCUCUGAAGAUUCUCCUGGGAUCCUUGGUUUUCUGCACCACCAUCUUCCUGCUCUCUCUUAUUGUGGAUACAUGCGUGUGGUUAGCAAAGAGGACAGUCAUCCAGUAUGUUGAUCCAGUGGUGUCGUUCACUAAAUCAACCAGUAUGUCAGCCUCUGUAUGGCUGAAUUUUUUCUACUAUACUCAGAUCGUCCCAGCCCAGCAAGUCAUAUUCAUCUACAUGAAAAAAAACAUAAAAAUCAUCAUCUAUUGUGCCUUGUUUGUGGACAGAGUUUUCUUCCUGUUUAACCUUUCUGUUAAUAUAUCCUUUGCCGUCUUCAACAGUGUCCAAGAUAAUGAUAGCAGCACUUAUACAUCAACACAUGACACUGCUCCUGGACUCUACUACACUUUUCUAGUGUGUUCCUAUUCCAAAAUGAUCUAUGAGUUUCUUUGUCUGUGCAUUAUGGUGGGAUCGAGCUGUGCCACAGUGUGCUACCUGCGUGGACAUAUAAAGAGCAUGGAACAGAGGGGAAGCCCAUUCACCUCUCCCCAUCUGCACAAUCAGAUGAGGGUCACCAUCACCGGGAUCUCGCAGGGAAUUCUCUACUUCAUUUGUGCACUGUGGACCUUAAUUGGUUUCUUCAUGACUAAUUUGUCCUCUGACUUUAAUGUUUUCUACACGGUUAUUUCUUUCUACAUGUUUGGAACCACCAUUAACCUGGCCGUUGGCCAGUCUGUUUUCAGACUGAGGGCAGCUGAUAUAUUUCUCCAAGUCCAAAAGGCUGUGAGGUCAUUGUGUGGAUGA